UUCUGUGUGUGUACAAAAUACAGAGAGGAUUCAAGAUUUCAAUAUUAACAUCUUUUCAUACAUAUAUAUCGUUAUAUAUAUGUACAUUUUGAUUUAACGAUUAGUCAAAAUUGAAUGCAGAAGGGUUCUCGCACGCCAUCAAUGUCUACAGGAUCCAAUGAUUCCUCCAACAGGUGUUUAGAUCCCAAGGUGGGGAUAGUAUCAUCCACUGAUAAACUUCCUCUUUGCCGUAUCACCCCAAAGGAGUGGUUUGCCGUAGCGAGGUGGUCGUGGGAUGUCCCCGAGGAGAGUUGCAUGAUCUGCAAAUGUGCGCUCGUUGAGGCUUGUGUGGAAUGCCAAGCACGCGGGAUGGUGAUUUCUGCUCCCCUUUCUUCUCAUUCCAAUUCCCAUCACGAUUUCGAUUCCUAUCUUCGUUCUUCAUCGUCGCCUUUGAUGGAAGGGGAGGACUGCCGUAUCGCGUUGGGAUGCUGCAAUCAUGUCUUUCACGAUCACUGUCUUAGCCGUUGGUUAGUACAGAACACGGUUUGCCCGGUGUGCACAAAGAAGUGGAAACUUCUAGAGUUAACCUCCAACGAUUGAAUGGGAGUGAGAAUGGGAAGAUGUGUUCUUGUAUAUCAUAAAGUAGGUAUAUAUAUAUAUAUAUAUAUAUGGACAUUGCUAUAUGAUUGUCAUUUCUUGAUCUCCUUUUGUUAGUUUCUUCCACGUUCAUUAGUUUUCUGUGUCUGGAGGUAAUCAUGGGAGGGAGCUUGAAUUUUCUUUCAGCGGAACAAAUAUUAGUAUACUUCAACUUAGACGUAUACAAUCUUUCUUUUCAUUCCCUUUUCCUUCUCUCCUGUAUUGAUCAUGUUUUAAUCGUUAUUAAAGUAUCGUGUGUCUAAACAAUAAUAAAAAAGAAAUGCUUCAUUGUUGGCUUGACAUUUGCAUGAUAUUAGCAUGAAGAGAAGUAAAAGGAGCAACUAUCGAU